UUCCACACCCUUCAUCAUUGAAGUCAUUCUCUUCCCCCCUACAAAACCACAAUAUUUCCUCAAUCUACUCCUCCUUCCCUCUCUUUUCAACACUCCACCUUCACUUGAUUCAUUACUUCCGAUUUUGAUUUUGAUUUUGAUUUGCAUUUAGGAUUCAAGAACAGAUUUAAGAGACACAAUCUGUUGGAGUAAUCAUUAAGAUUCGUUCUGAAGGAUGUCUUUCAGAUUUUUCUUCCUUUUUCCGAGCAAAUCUAAGCUUCAAGAUGGAGAGCAGGAAAAGGAGAGAUAAUCGGCAACGAUUUUUGUUGCUUUUCAACUAAAAUUUUCGAAUCCGAAACAAAUUGUUGAUUUAUUGAACUUCAUCUGCUUCUGCUGAGAUGUCUACUACGGUGAUGAGCGAUGCGAUGGUGAUGCCGGCGAUGGAAUCGCCGCCGUUGGCGACGAAGUUGAUAGAUCAGACGGCGGAUGUAGAGUUUGUGAAGUGCGAUUGUUGUGGAUUGACAGAAGAGUGUACGCCGGGGUACAUCGAGAGAAUUCGCGAGAGGUAUAAAGGAAAAUGGAUCUGUGGAUUAUGUGGAGAGGCGGUGAAAGACGAGAUCGUGAGGAAUGAAAGGCUGAUAAGUACUGAAGAAGCUAUGGCACGUCAUAUAAACUUUUGUAGAACGCCGAUCUCCUCCGGUCCACCUCCUGAUCCGGCGGUUCAUUUAAUCGCCGCCAUGAGACAGAUUCUCCGGCGGAGUUUGGAUUCACCGACUUCAGUUAGGUCUAUGCCUUGUAGUCCGACGACGAAGAACACUGAUGCUGCCGGACUUACUCGAUCGGAAAGUUGUAUUUCGAGCCUUGCGCUUACAUCAGGUUCAUCCUCGUAUCAUGAAUCUGGAGACGACAGCGAUCGGAAAAACCAAACGCCAUGAUGAAUGAGAUUUUUUUUCUGAUCUAAAUACAUAUCUUUUCUCAAUAAUAUUUGAAUCCAUGAUUAACAUUUAAAACUGGAUCGAAGACCAUCGAAUCUAUCGCUAAGAACAUGUUCCUCGUUCUUAUGAACAUCAAAUGAAAUCGAUGAUAAAAUUUGUC